UCCUUUUUUUUUCCCCUCCUUUUCUGUUAGUCUGUUGCUAGUUUUUUUAGAUUUUUUUCUUGAUUUUUCUCAGUGAUAUUUGAUUUCAAAACCCAUUUCGGUUUGAUGAAAACCAAGUUCGCGUUUUGAUUCUUUUACGUGGGGUACUUUGGUUUUGCAUGGAGAGGUUGAUUUGAAUGCCUGGAGAGUAUCAUUGGAUGUAUUGCGUAGCGUCUGUUUCUUGCUUUAAAUGCUGGAAUAUUCAUUUCUAAUAGCAGGAAGAACAAAAAAAAAAAAAACAUUUGGUGUUUUGAGUUAUUGAAUGAGAUCUUUGUUUUUGGUGUAGAAUAAAAGGAUAGAAGAGAGGAAGAUGGUUUUAAGAUUUUAAAGGGGAUUUUGGUUUAGAUGGUUAUGUACUGUUCUUCUUCUGCAAGUUGGUGUUAUUACUGCAGUAAUCUGCAAUGGAGAAAACCCAUUUCGAUUUUAGUGCAUUUCUAGUCUUGAGAUGAGGUUUUGCAUGGGAAUUAGUUGAUGGAAAUGUGUCUCUCUGUUAUUCUGUUGCUAGCUUUCUAUUAUUAUUACUACUACUUUUGCUCAUUUAAUUUUCUCAGUGAUCAUUGAUUGCAAAACCCAUUUCAAUUUGAUGAAAACAAAGUCCAGGUUUUGGUUCCUUUACGUUGGAUACUUUGAUUUUGCAUCAAGAGGUUCAUUUGAAUGCCUAGAGGAUGAUUGGGAAAUCUCGUUUGUAUCGUGUAAUGUCUGUUUCUUGCUUUGAAUGCUGGAAUCAUCUCUAAUACAAGCAAGAAGAAAGGAAAAGAAAAACCCAUUUGGUGUUUUAAAUUCUUGCAUGAGAUCGUGGAGCAGCAUGCGGGCCUUUUUGGAUUGGGUGGGAUAGCAUGAAUUGGUGGAUCUUCUGUUCACUGAUCUCCUGCUUUGAUACCACCUGAUGCAGGGAGACCAAAAGCUUCAAAGCUCGUGGGCCACCCCACCCCAGUGUGGAGAUAACUUGCAUCAACAUGGCUGGGCCGUACGGCUGGAUGGCCGUGGUGGAGGGUGAAUACAGCAGGAGGAAGAUCGUGUGAACUUUCAGGAAUUCCAGUAUGGGGCUUCAGGAUCUUUUCAUUGCUGCGUCAGUUCCAGUUCUGAAAGUGCUUCUGGUGACUGCUGUUGGCUCUUUUCUUGCAACAGAUCGUAUAGAUAUUUUAGGGGAAGAUGCAAGGAAGCAUUUGAACAAUGUGGUGUAUUUUGUAUUUAACCCAGCUCUUGUGUGUACCAACCUAUCAAGAACGAUCACAUUUAAAAGUGUGGUUUCGUUGUGGUUCAUGCCAUUAAACAUCCUUCUUACAGUUGUUAUUGGUUCAGCACUUGGGCGGGCCAUCAUCCAGAUUACAAAAACACCUUCCCAUUUGAGGGGCCUAAUUUUAGGCUGUUGUGCUGCUGGGAAUUUAGGUACCAUGCUUCUGAUUAUUGUCCCAGCAAUCUGUCAAGAGAAAGGCAGUCCAUUUGGAGCUCCUGAUGUCUGCCGUACAUAUGGACUGGCAUACACUUCACUGUCUAUGGCAGUAUGUUCUUCUUUCAAGUUUCUUCAGGUGGCUCACAGCACAGUCAAAAAGAUUGGAGCCAUUUGUUUGUGGUCUUACGUCUACAACAUCAUACGAAUAUCGUUGAGUGAGAGCACUGCAGAAGUAGAGAAUGGCUUUGGCACAACAUCUCAGGGAUAUAUUGCAAAGUUACUCCCAGAGAACUCCACACCUGAGGAAUUUGUUGGAAAUGUACCAAUUUCAUCUCAUCUUAAACAGCUUUUGAAUACAAUUUCUUCAAGUUUUGACUUCAGGAAGCUGUUGGCACCUUCAACCAUUGGAGUGAUUGUGGGGUUUGUUAUUGGAGUAAUUCCUCAAAUUAGAAGGACACUAAUUGGUGAAAAUGCCCCUCUUCGUGUGAUCCAAGACUCUGCUACUUUGUUAAGUGAUGGAGCAAUCCCAUCUCUCACCCUCAUAAUGGGCGGAAACCUUAUGAAGGGUAUACACGGGUCAGAGAUUCAAGUCUCGCUCAUUGCUGGAAUUAUAGUCGUUCGGUAUAUCGUGCUGCCUCUAUCGGGCAUUGUCAUAGUCAAAGGGGCGGUUCAUUUUGGUUUGGUGCACUCAGAUCCUUUAUAUCAGUUCAUUCUUUUGCUGCAAUUUGCAGUCCCCCCCGCACUAAACAUAGGUACAAUCACCCAAUUGUUUGGUGCUGGCGAAAGUGAAUGCUCUAUCAUUCUCCUAUGGUCCUACGCAUUGGCUUCAGUUUCACUUACACUCUGGUCCACCUUUUUCAUGUGGCUGGUCUCUUGAUUAUGCUGCUCACAUCCAUGGUUAUGGUAUGUUAGAUCUUGCCAUCAGCAUGCAUUCGUAUCCCUUUUGCUGGGCAGUCAUCAAUUUUUAUAUAUAAAACAUGCAUGGGGGAGUGCUGAAGACAAACUGAAAGGUGAACUCGGGGGCGUUUAUUCAGCUAUAGACGACCAUCCUAUUGUAUUUUUUGGAAUAGGAUCAUGUUAUUUUCCUACUCUAGGGGCAAUUAAGCUAGACACAAUCAUGUGGUUUGUAUUUAUGUGAUAGUAGCUGAGCUUGGGGUUCAAUCUAGCUUUAAGAUGAUCGU